UUUUUGUUCUUUGCCUGCUUUUAUUCUGACCCUGCUGUGAUUCUAAUUCUGCUUCCACCUCUGCAGAAAGAGGAGGACGCUGAUAAGAUCGGGGAAAUAAAGUACUACGGUAUCGGAGGUGGCUUCCCCCUGCAGUACUACCCGUACUACGGGAAGCGCCUGCACCCCCACUACCUGCAGCCCCUGGUGGCGCUGCAGUUCACCAACCUGACCCGGAACACGGAGCUGCGGGUCGAGUGUAAGGUGUACGGACAGAACAUCGACUACAACGAAAAGGACCGCUACCAGGGACGCUUCGACAUCAAGUUCAACAUCCAGGACUCGUGACCGCCA